AUGGCACUACCUCGCCAUGAAUCCUCUCUCUUUCUCCUCUGUUUCUUCACAUUGACUAUCAUUGCUCAAUCAAAACUCAGUCUUCUCCCCUCUGACCAUGAGGCCCUCUUGCAGAUACAAAACGACUUAGGCAUCAAGCCUACUCCGGCAGGCGAUCUCUGCGAUUCCGCCGGAGUUCUCUGCGAACGACGAAUCGUUAAUGAUUCGUACGUUCUUAGAGUUGUUGGGAUUGUCAUCGAAUCCCAACAGCUCAAUGGAAAAAUAUCUCCAGCUAUCGGCCAGCUCUCUGAGCUGAAAGAAGUUUCGUUACAAAACAACCAGAUUUCUGAUCAAAUCCCGCCUCAAAUCAUCCACUGCCAGAAACUCAAGGUGCUGAACCUCGGGAACAAUCUGUUCUCCGGCAAACUCCCGGCCGGAUUUUCGUCGUUGGUUCGCCUCCGGAUCCUGGAUUUGUCCUCAAACAAGUUUGCAGGGAACUUGAAAUUCUUGAAGCAGUUCCCCAACCUGGAAAAGCUCAAUCUUGCAAACAACAUGUUUGAAGGGAAAGUGCCGGCUUCGUUGACAGCGUUUCGGAAUCUCAAGUUCAUCAACAUCUCGGGCAACAGUUUGCUCGAGGGCCCGGUUCCUUCGAUGAAUGAUCAGCUUGAGCAGUACUUGUCUGCAGAUUUGGCUGAGGAGGAGAGCAUCCCGAAACGGUAUGUGUUUGCGGAGAGAAACCAAUCCAAUCCGGCCAUGGCGCCUUCUUCUUGGAGCAUGGCUAAUGCUCAAGCCCCAUCACCAUCAGCAACAACUGCAAAUAACAAGCAGAAGAACAAGAACAAGACGAAGAAAGUGAAGGAGUGGGUUCUUGGAUUUAUGGCUGGGAUUCUAGCAGGCUGUCUGUCUGGAUUGGUAUUCUCCAUGGUUUUCAAGCUGUUGCUGCGCUUAAUCCGAGCACACACAAAAGACACGAGCUUGAAGAUUUUCAGCGCGAUGAUCAAGAAGCCCGAGGACUUGGCGUUUCUGGAAAAUGAUGAUGGAUUACAAUCACUUGAUAUUAUAGGGAGAGGUGGCUGUGGGGAAGUUUACAGAGCUGCUUUACCUGGAAGUGACGGGAAGGAAAUCGCGAUCAAGAAGAUAGUUCAACUGCCUUCAGAUGCAGAGGGCGGGGUGAAUGAAGAAGACAGCAAGCUGUUAAACAAGAAAAUGCGGCAGAUUAGGUCUGAGAUUCAAACCAUGGGCCAAAUCCGCCACCGGAAUUUGCUCUCCCUGCUAGCUUAUCUGCCACGGCCCAAUUGCCAUUACCUGGUGUAUGAGUACAUGAAGAAUGGCAGCCUGCAAGACUAUAUGAAAUUAGUAUCAGAAGGAAAACGAGAAUUGGAUUGGGCGGCACGAUACAAGAUCGCAGUAGGGGUGGCAGCAGGGCUGGAGUACCUUCAUAUGCAUCACAACCCUCGCAUUAUCCACAGAGACUUGAAACCUGCAAACGUGCUGCUGGAUGACGAGAUGGAAGCCCGAAUUGCAGAUUUCGGGCUGGCAAAAGCUGUCCCUGAAGCUCACACUCAUGUCACGACCUCAAACGUGGCAGGAACAGUGGGGUACAUAGCUCCUGAGUAUUACCAGACUUUCAAGUUCACAGAGAAGUGCGAUAUUUACAGCUUCGGGGUGUUGCUAGGCGGGAUGGUCAUCGGAAAGAUGCCAUCCGAUGAGUUCUUCCAGCACACGGAUGAGAUGGGAUUGGUGAAAUGGAUGAGGAAUGUGAUGACUUCAGAGGACCCUAAAAGGGCGAUUGAUCCAAACUUGCUGGGAAGCGGCAAUGAGGAGCAGAUGCUCUUAGUUCUCAAGGUUGCCUGCUUCUGCACUCUGGAUAAUCCUAAGGAGAGGCCAAACAGUAAGGAUGCUCGAUGCAUGCUAUCACAGAUAAAGACUGAUUGAUGCGAGAGAAACUGAAUUAGCUGUCAGUUUAUCACUAGAGAUGCAUAUUAAGAAGAUUGCAAUCUGUCCGGUGUAAAAUGUGUUAAAUUCCUUUUCUAGGUUCUGCUUAUCAGUAUUGUUUGACAUGUUCAUGUACUAUAAUGGUCAAGUCCUUUAUCUAAGCAAUUUAUUUAUUGGUAACAUGUUACAAA